UCGUCAGGCGAUUCUGAUAUAUCAGGGGAUGAUUCGUCGGGUGAUCCUGAUAUAUCAGGGGAUGGUUCUUUGGAAAACUCUGGGAGUGGUUCGACGGAGGAACCGAAUGAUGCUGGAUCUGGCUCAGAGGAAGGUAGCGGCUCAGAGGAUGAUGAAUAUACUGUUGGGCAAGAGAUCAUAUAUGAGUGUUUAUCUGGAUACGAAAUAGCAGAUGGAGAUCUCAUAAGAGUUUGUAGUGAUAAGGGCACAUGGACUGGUAGUGACCCUGUAUGUACAGCAAUCCAAACAACAUUGACUCCACCUACAACUCAAGUCCCUCUCUUUUGUGAUAUUCCCGAACAACCCCCAAAUACCGAGACUGUGGGGAUUGAUAACCUUGACGCAAUCAUCGUGUACAAAUGCUAUGCUGGUAUGGUCCUUAUGUCUGGGGAUACCACCCGAACAUGCUCCACCAAUGGUUCGUGGAGUGGGGAGCCUCCUGUAUGCAUCGAUCCUACAAAAAUAGAAUGCGGAGAUUUAGAAACUCCCGAGAAUGUUGUUAUCACAAAUUACAAUGGGAACAGACUUGGAAGCGUUAUAUUCUAUGAAUGUGAGGAUAAUUACGUGUUGACCGAAGGGGAUUUGCACAGAGUUUGUUUCGUGGAUGGCACAUGGAGUAAUGUGGCUCCAGUUUGCACAGCCAAUUACUGUGAGGUGCCACCAAUGCCCGAAAAUGCAGUGAUUGUGAAUGAAGAGGAAGGAAGUGAAUCUGGCUCAGGGGAUACAUCCGAGUCAGGAGAGAUUUCCGGUUCCGGUUCGGAAGAAGACUCUGGUGAUGUUGAGAUACGAAAUGGGACAUACCAAGCUGGAAGUAAGAUAACCUACUCUUGUGACGAAGGAUAUGGAUUAGAGUCGGGUGAUUUAGAGAGGACGUGCACAUUAGGUGGAAUAUGGACUGGAAGCCCUCCAUUGUGUACAGCUUUGUUCUGCGCCAAUGCCACCAAAUUCAUGACCGACAAUGUUGAGUAUGUGAGUGGAGAUAGUUAUGUUGGUGAUACUUUAGUUCUUGCUUGUGCCACUGGAUAUGAACUGACAUCGGGUUCACUCAACAUAGAAUGUACAAGGGGAGGUAUCUGGAAAGGGGAUGCACCUGUUUGUACAAGAAUAGUUUGUCAGGACCCUGGGAUUCCUGAUAACUCAGUCAGAACUGGAGAUGAUUUCGUAUUUGGGGCUAUAGUUUCAUAUGCAUGUAUGGAUGAUUACUUUCUGGCAUCUGGUUAUACCGAGAGAGAGUGCAAGGAAGAUGGAGUGUGGUCUGGAGAGGCCCCUGUGUGUGAGAAAACAAAAUAUCCACCAACUAUCCCUGAUUGGGGUGGUAAGACGAUCAUAAUCAGCAUUAGUAUAGAGAUCAACAUGGAAUGGAAUCCUUCUUAUGGACCUUGUAUCACAAACCAAUGUGGAGAUUUGGUCUCGAAUAUAAAGGCGUCUUUGGAUCUCAUCUUCCAAAGCAACCUACCAUGCACGUGUUUCACUGGCACUAAUAUCAAGUCAUUGAGUCAAGGAAGUGUGAUAGCCGACUAUGAUGUUGAGUUUGAUGCCGACCAAGCUAUAGAUGCAUACGGACAGAACGCUGCAUCUGAGCUAGCAAAUCAGACUAAAUAUGUGGUAGCACUUAUUGAUGACAUUACAAUUGGUGACAAAACAUACACUACUGAUGAGGGCCACAGAGAAAGUGUGGUAGAAGGUUUAGAUAACUAUAUACCAGACUACUGCGUUGCAAUACCAGAUAUUUGUAGCGCUGGAUAUAAAUGUCAGCAGACGACACCUACCGACGGGAACUAUUUAGAUGGUGUCAGAUGUUAUCAUUCAUGCGAGACACAUACAUGUGACUUAGAUAACGGGGAGUGCUACCUAAAUCCUAAUUAUGAGCCAGAUUGCAGGUGUAUCAGUGGUUACUUCAUGAGCAGCAAUACCUGCAUCAGCAAUGCCUUAUUGAUUGGCGUUAUAGCUGGGACACUCGGGGCAAUCCUGCUCGUUGUUGCUAUCAUUGUCAUCGUGCAGUUAUACAGGAGGAAAUAUACUCGCAAGGGAUCUUUGAUAUCAAGAAGGUCGUCUUUAGAAAGUUUAAUGAAAGAACCGAUAUAUUCUGAUAGCGAUCUUCAUCCUGUUCUCUUCGAAGGUUACUUUGGUAAAAAUCCAUCACCAAGUGAUAAUAAGGGCUAUGCAACAGAUGAGCCAUUACACAGAAAUGACACUGCUACCUCUGAGAAGCCUUACGUUUCAACUAUACCCGUGACAUACAACGAGGCCACUGGACAAUAUGGCCUACAUGGAGAGGCGAUGAUUCAUACCUAUAAGGGUCAAAAUACAUUUGAUAAUAAACAGCAAGAUGUCGAUCCCUCAACGGAUUAUUUUUAGUUCAGCAGUGAAAGUCUAACGAAGCAAAACCAGUGAACCUGAAUCAUCUAUAUCAAAAAAUUAUUUUUACUGGAGGUGUCACGGAACAGAAAUUUUUCGGAAAUGUUCAGAACAUUCGACUUCAGAAUGGAAAAAUUCUAGCUUGGUUCGAUACCACAGUGAACGCGGGAGUUAACUUUCUAUGUAUGAAACUUCAUUUUGGAGAGAAU